CUAGAACGUGCGCGAUGAUUUGCACAAGAACUGUUUUCCGAUGCUUCAAGACGCUGGAAAGAUGGGGCAAUAGAAUCACAGGAGCAGCAGGACCAUACUUCAUUGCUCUGGCAGUAUUUCUCAUUGGCAGCGGUAUUCUCUGCUUUUUCGAUGUGAUAGCUCCGUCGCUUUCAUUUCCAAUAGUGACGAUGCCGGCGUGCAUCCUAGUCGCAGUGAACUUGGUGAUGCACUACUUUUACGUGUGCACGAUUCGCCCGGGAUUUCUGGACGAGCCACCACGAGAAGCGGGUACCAGCUUCUUAUGGGCGCAAAAGCGAACCAAGAAAGGCAUGUUGACGGGUGUGCGGUGGUCCUCUGGCGGGAUUAGAAUAACACAAGCCACUUCGACACGUUGUAGCAGGUGCAACAAGAUCAGGCAGGAGAGAGCCCACCACUGCCGUAUUUGCAACAAAUGUGUUUUGAAGUACGAUCACCAUUGUCCAACGCCAGGGAUAAACCAAUGCGUCGGCCUUCAUAAUGAACGACAUUUCGUUCUAUUCAUGGUGUACCUGGUCAUUUCCACAUUCUGCUUUAGCGCUCUGGGAUACCGACAACUCUUUGAGUCCCUUGGGGUGAUGUCCGACGACUGGCAUUACAACGUCCCCGAAGUCAUGUACGCAAUGAUAUACAUCCUUUCCGUGGUUCUUUGUCUAGCCGUUGGAGUUAUGCUGGCAUACCACCUCUGGGGUAUCUCCUCGGGAGAAACAUCGGUCGAGGCCCAGGACCACGAAGAAUAUCGCAGAAAAGCUAGGGACCGGGGCGAAAGUUUCAUCAAUUCUUACAAUCUCGGUAUAUGGAAGAACGCGCAACUCUUUUUCAACGUUUGGGAAAACGGAUACCCUCUAUACACCCUCAUAUUGCCGUUUCGCAUAAAUCCUUACACAGAUGGACGUUCCUGGGCACGCCGCGAAGGCUAUGACCGCCAUCACGGGCUUAGACAAGGAGAAGAACUGACUGACCAAGAAGAUGACGAGGACGACUAGUAUGGACAAUCGAAGGAUCUUUUGUACUACCAUCCCUGGUCAUCAUACCUACAUCCUAUAUUAUAUCUUAUAGCCAUAUAUCAUGGAGCCGCUUUUUACCCUUGGAAGCCAGGAUAUACGAAUACAUUCUAUGACUUAAUCC